AUGUAUCGGCAGAUACUACUGCAUGAGAACGAUCAAAUAUAUCAGCGUAUACUUUGGCGUCAAGGAGAUCAAAUUAAAACCUUUCAGCUUAAAACUCUCACCUUCGGCGUAUCAUCAUCCCCGUAUCUCGCCAUACGUACAAUUCAUAAAUUAGCAGACGACGAAUGCAAGGAAUAUCUCAUUGCCUCUAAAGUUCUCAAAACGCAUUUAUAUGUAGACGAUUUGUUAACGGGUACAAGCACAAUUAGUGAAGCUCGUAGAUUAAGGAACGAAAUAAUAGCAAUACUUUCCCGAGGCGGAUUCAACAUUCGACAAUGGGCCUCAAAUGAAAGACAGAUUAUUAACGAUUUGGAAUCUAAAAAUGUAAAUGCAAAUAUCGCACUUGACAAAGACAAUCCAUUGAAAACACUAGGCGUUACAUGGCGCGCGCGUAACGAUGUAUUAUCUUAUUCAGUCCAUUCGAUUAAUCACACCGAAAGAAUCACGAAGCGGAUCGUUCUUUCCGAAAUUGCGAAGAUUUUCGAUCCUUUGGGUUUCUUAGGGCCGGUCAUAUUAUACGCUAAAAAAUUAAUGCAAGAAUUAUGGCAAUGCAAACUCGAUUGGGAUAAAUCAAUUCCCGCGAACAUACAUACUAAAUGGAACGAAUUCACAACACAAUUGAAUUUGAUUAAUGAAUUAUCUGUCGACCGUUCAAUAUUAAUUUCUAAACACACCGACGUACAAAUUCAUGGCUUUUGUGACGCGAGCAACGUAGGUUACGGCGCGUGCAUCUACAUUCGUUCAAGCAACUUACAUAACAAUAUACUUUGUAGCCUUUUAUGCGCUAAAUCUCGAGUUGCACCAUUGAAAAACGUGACGACACCUCGUCUCGAAUUAUGCGGCGCGCUUCUAUUAGCUAAACUAUAUCAUGAAACACGCGAGGCUAUAAAUCUCUCAUUUAGCAAAGUAAUAUUAUGGAGCGAUUCGAAUAUUGUUUUGCACUGGAUAAAAACUUCACCUCAUCUUUUAAAGCCAUACGUGUCACAUCGCGUUGCUCAAAUCCAAAAUCUCACCGACUCUCAAAUUUGGCGAUACGUUAGAUCCAGGAAUAACCCAGCCGACGCGCUUUCAAGGGGACAAUUGCCAACCCGGGAAAAAAUGCCCAUGCUUGAUCAUACAUAA